CCAAAGACACAAGCAAAUUAAUUGCAACCUUUUUCUUUAGUUUUCUCCAACGUCUUCAAUCGAAAGCCAAGAUGGCUACGCUCGUCAAGGCGAAAGUAGUGAUGGUGCCAGCGGAUGCACUGUCGGAGGCAACGGACUACAGCGCUUCUCUCCUUGAUGGGGUCCGGACCUUUUUACCCCAGGCGAUCACUUUUCAGCUAGUUAGUGCAACUGUCGGUGACCCAAACAAUGGGGGCAAAGGAGUAAUUGGAGAGCCAGCUUACUUAGAAGAGCUCAUCCCAAGUCUACCAUCAAUAACGGCAGGAGAAUAUGCGUACGGGGUUACAUUCAAGUGGGAUGCAAGCCAAGGGAUCUCUGGAGCAGUCAUCGUCAAAAACAAUCGCCAAGACAAGUUCCUUCUCAAGAGCUUGAUCAUUGAGGAUUUUCCUGGAAAAGGCCACGUCCAUUUUGAUUGCAAUUCCUGGGUGUACAGCGUUGACAAGUACUCAUAUGACAGGAUUUUCUUCGCCAAUGAUACAUAUCUUCCAGAAAAUACACCAGAACCUUUGAAACCAUACAGGCAAGAGGAGCUCCUACAUCUCAGAGGCGACGAUGUUAACCGUCAAAUGGAGGAGUGGGAUCGUAUCUACAACUAUGCAUGUUAUAACGAUCUUGGAAAUCCAGACAAAAAAGCAUCCCUUGCUCGCCCCGUUCUUGGUGGCUCUGAAGAGUACCCUUACCCUCGUAGGGGACGCACUGGACGUCCUCCCGCUAAUUCUGAUCCCAAUAGUGAAAGUAGAUUGGGGAAUGAAGAUUUCUAUGUACCUCGAGAUGAGAGAUUUGGUCACCUCAAGCAGAGUGAUUUUCGUGAUAACCUCAUAAAGGCAUUAGUGAAGUCCUUGAUUCCGUUGCUCAAUGCCAUAAUCAAUGGGACGCCUAAUGAGUUCGACUCUUUUGAAGACAUAUUGAGAAUGUUUGAAGGUGGUCUGCCGGUGCCUGAUGUCCCUCUUGUUGAUGAGGUCAGAGAAGGCAUUAAGUCGGAGCUUCUUAAAAGUAUAGUUGGUCCUGAUCAGGGUGGAAAAAGAUUGAUCAAGUUCUCUAAGCCUCAUGUCAUUCAAGCUGAUCCUCAUGCUUGGGACACGGAUGAGGAGUUCGCGCGUGAAAUGCUGGCUGGAGUAAACCCUGUCAUCAUUAGUAGACUCCAGGAAUUUCCUCCAAGUAGCAAACUAGAUCCUACAGAGUAUGGCAACCAGAACAGCUCAAUAACAGCUGCACACAUUGAGCAUAACCUUGAAGGGCUCACAGUUGAGCAAGCGUUGAGCUUCAGUAAGCUCUUCAUAUUGGACCAUCAUGAUGCCAUAAUGCCAUAUGUGAACCGGAUAAAUUCCAACACCAACAACAGGAUAUAUGCCACAAGAACUCUGCUCUUCUUGAAAGAUGAUGGCGCUUUGAAGCCAUUGGCCAUUGAGCUCAGCUUGCCACACCCUGACGGUGAAAAAUGUGGUGCUGUGAGUAAAGUCUUCACACCUUCUCAAGCUGGUGUUGAGGCUUCGAUUUGGCGGUUGGCCAAAGCCUAUGUUGCUGUUAAUGACUCUGGUGUUCAUCAGCUCAUCAGCCAUUGGCUUCUCACUCAUGCAUCGAUCGAGCCAUUUGUUAUCGCAACAAAUCGUCAUCUCAGUGCAAUGCAUCCGAUCAACAAGCUCCUUGUGCCGCAUUACCGUGACACAAUGAACAUCAACGCUUUGGCGCGCAAGAGCCUCAUUAGUGCCGAUGGCAUCAUUGAGAAGACUUUCUUUCCGGUGAAUUACUCUAUGGAGAUCUCGUCGGUGAUUUACAAGAGUUGGAAUUUCGUGGAGCAAGCCCUCCCUGCUGAUCUCCUCAAAAGAGGCAUAGUCGUUGAGGACUCAACACAACCGAACAACCUCCGCCUAUUGAUCUCUGACUACCCCUACGCCGUCGAUGGCCUCAAAAUCUGGUCAGCAAUCGAGACAUGGGUCACCAACUACAUCUCUAUUUACUACCCCACCGACUCAACCGUCCAAUCUGACGUCGAGCUCCAGUCCUGGUGGGCCGAAAUCCAACAAGUUGGCCACGGGGAUCAUAAAAACGCCCCCUGGUGGCCCAAAAUGCAAACCCAAACUGAUCUAAUCCAAUCUUGCACCACAAUCAUCUGGGUCUCCUCCGCCCUUCAUGCCGCCGUCAACUUCGGCCAAUACCCUUUCGCCGGCUACGUCCCGAAUCGACCAACUCUCAGUCGCAAGUUCAUGCCCGAACCUGGUUCAGUCGACUAUGAACGGCUGAAGACAAACCCAGACAAGGUUUUUCUAGAGACCAUCACGAGGGAGUUGCAGAGCAUAAUUGAGAUUGCGUUGAUUGAGAUAUUGUCGACGCAUGCUUCGGAUGAGAUUUAUCUCGGGCAAAGGGACUCGGUCGAGUGGACCGAGGAUCAGAAGGCAUUGGAAGCGUUUAAGAGGUUUGGGGAGAAGUUGAGUGAGAUUGAGGGGGAGAUUGUGAAGAUGAAUGAAGAUCCGAGGUAUGUGAACCGCAGAGGGCCCGUCGAUAUGCCGUACAGUUUGCUGGUUCCGAGUAGCGAAGCUGGGCUCACUGCUAAAGGGAUUCCCAAUAGCAUUUCGAUCUGAGAAGAUCCAAUCCUUUUGAAUGUGUUUAUUGGCGCCUGCUGCUGUUGUUGGUGUGUGUGGUGCUGUUUGCUUUCUAGUAUCGUGUGGUCUUUGGAAGUAGUAAAGAAUAAUUUUGAAAUAAAUGUGGGGUUGCUUUCUGCAACUGAAUCCACAAAUGUCUCUUCA